CUUUGGGCGGGCGGUGGGCGGUGUGCGCGUAAGCCCCACGGAGCUAAGGGUCUAGUCCCCUGAGCGGUUGGACCUGGCCACUGUCGGCUUUGCUCGGACUCGGAUGCCCGUUCUCUCGAGCUCCCCAGAGCCUCAGUCCACCCAGGCCAGCACUGGAAGGAACCUCAUCUGUCUACCAAUUCUUGAGUACCUGGGAUUUGAGGUUCAGAAGCCUGGAAGAUGUCGAAUGACCCACCUCCUCCUUAUCCUGGAGGCCCCACAGCACCCCUUCUGGAGGAGAAAAGCGGAGCCCCGCAAACCCCAGGCCGAACCCCCCCGGCUGUGAUGCAGCCCCCACCAAGCAUGUCACUGCCCCCUGCAGACAUUGGACCCCCACCCUAUGAGCCACCGGGUCACCCAGGGCCGCAAUCUGGCUUUAUCCCCCCGCAUGUGAAUGCAGAUGGCGCCUACAUGCCUCCAGGUUUCUACCCUCCUCCAGGCCCCCAUCCACCCAUGGGCUACUACCAGCCGGGGCCCUACCCACCAGGGCCCUACCCUGGCCCAGGGGGUCACACAGCCACAGUCCUGGUCCCUUCAGGGGCUGCCACCACGGUGACAGUGCUGCAGGGAGAGAUCUUUGAGGGUGCACCUGUGCAGACAGUGUGUCCCCACUGCCAGCAGGCCAUCACCACCAAGAUCUCAUAUGAGAUUGGCCUGAUGAACUUCGUGCUGGGCUUCUUUUGCUGCUUCAUGGGGUGUGACCUGGGCUGCUGCUUGAUCCCGUGCCUCAUCAACGACUUCAAGGAUGUGACACACACAUGCCCCAGUUGCAAAGCCUACAUCUACACGUACAAGCGCCUGUGCUAACGGAACUGGACUCCUCACUGUCAGUUUGGCCCCCUGUGCUUUGCUCCCUAUGCUCAGUGGCUCAUGUCCCCAGUCCCACUUAGGGGUGGAAGCUGUUCCACCACUCCUCUUGAAAUCUUGUCCUCUUUGCCUUGCCCUUCCCUGAGCAUCUGACUCUUACAGCAACAGCUGGCUGGACUGAAGGCCAAGGGUCAGCGAGUGGCAGGGAGUUGGCACUGAGCAUCUGUACUGCUGGUUUGCUUGGUGUUUGUGAUUAGGGGGAUAAACUGGGAAGGGUCUCCCUGCUGGGUCUCACUCCUCCAUUUUUGUAUGAGGUAUAGGUUUGGUCCUGAUUAUCCCUGGGACCAGAAGCAGCCAGAGCAGUGGCUGAUUUUCCAGACCUGGGCCUACAGUAGGACUGUGCCUAUAGCUAGUUUCUGACCUACUAGGCUGAGAGUGGGGAUGUGAGCCCAAAUAGGCAGGGUCAUAAGGCCAGGGUUUGUUUCUGGGUUGCUAGAGGUAGGCAUGAUGGUCAGAAGGAAUGACUUGGGCCCUCAGAAUUCUCAGGAACUCAAAACCUUGUCUGAGUGCCCGGCAGCCACCUGGAAUAAGAGAGGCCGGCACAACUGAAAGUUCAUGGGAUAAGUCACCAACGGACUUGCCUCUGGCCCCUGCCUAGCUCCCUUUCCAGCCAUGCCUCUGUGAUUGUGUCUUUACGGGAGCCAGAAGGAAUGCCCAACUGGGACCAGAGAUGGCAGAUAGGGCCCCUCCCUGUGGGCACGCUGAAGAUUUACAAUGCUCUCUGUGGAUCCUCUUUCUAGUGAACACUGGGCCCUUCACCCUGGCUGAUUCAGUUGCUGUUCUUGCUCCAGGAACUACAGCAGGAACAACCGUAGCGCUGGAUGGGGGACCAGGAAGGAGCAGCAACCACAAGUGGCGGAAGUACCCUGGUGGAUGCUAGUCCUGCCCUGGGCCUGAGGCCAUGCUCUUUAUUUUCUGAAUGGUUUGUCUAUGAACUUGCUCCUGUGGACCGCUGUACCCUGUUGCCACCCCUCUCUCCUGGUCUCACACUGCCACUGCAUGGCCUUCUGUCACUGUGAAUUGUGGCCAGCCUGUUUGUAGAUUCUCAUUAAAUCAGUCCUUUCACUCCCCUUCCCUGGCCUCUGCUUUCUUGCCUGGCUUCCUUUUGCAACGGAAAGAGGAUGGGGUCACAGGUAGUCUUAACAGCAGGGGGGUCAGGGGUUGAGUCUUCAGGGUCUCAGUGCUUAUGCUGUACCGACUGCCUGUGGAUAAUACUGGCAUUUAAGUACCUUAUUAAACCAAGACAGAGUAAGUGUGGACAAAGCCUGGCAUUCCAGCUAUGACUGGGCCAGGGCAUGUGUGGCUACCUUACUAUCUCUGAUAGUGGUUUUACCCAUUUCCACACCACAACAUCCACCCAUGAGAUCUGGAGGCCGGAGCACCCCAGCCCGAGCUCAGGGUCAUCCUGCCUAGGAAGCAGUUCCCUUAGGUAAGACAGAGGCACUAGGGCUAAGGCUUCUGAGGGGUCAGGAUGUGAAAAACCUGGGCCCCAGGUUCUACACCAGCUCUGCCCCUACCCUUAACUGUGGAGGUACGUAGACUUGGUCAGAAGUUUAAAAAGAAAGUUUCCCCACCAUUUAACCCUUUUGUGAAUAAAACGUUUGCAAAUCCUCAAUAUAUAAAACAAGUAAUAGAUUCCUAUUAAUAAAAAUA